GUUGCUUAAGCACACUUGUAACGUGCUUUGCUUUACAAAAAUGGUGCCAAUAGGGCCAUUGUUAAAAACAGUAUUGAUCCUUAGGAAGUGAUGCAAAAGGAAACAUCCCAGUUUCCCAGUGUUAUGUCCCACACAGAUAAGCAAUGCACUUGCUAAUUUUAAAGCCAAAAAGGGAAGGAAGCAUGACAGCCAAGUUUCCGCCAUAGCAAACACUGUAGGAGAAAGAAAGCAAAAAAGCCUGUCUUCAUGUUCAUCUGUAGGCUCAGAGUCUGUGUGGGAUCUAACACUGACUUAUGGUGGAAUAAUGGCACAUAAUGAAACACAUCCCUUCUUGGAAAUACUGAAAUCAUUUAACCUGGGGGAUAUGAUUCUAGCCUUCUGUUUAUCUGUGCUUGUGGGCCUGCUGCUGGGUGCUUUGAUCUACGUGCUGUUGACCUGGGUGUCCAGGCGCAGGGCCACCGCCAGGAUAACCAGGCGCUCAAAAAAGAAAUCUGGUUCUUCACAAACACAUGACCUCAUGAGCAGCCAGAUGGGCCUUUAUCGAAGCACGUUUUUGGGUGUCUACAGACAGCCCUCUCUGGAGCCAGUGGGCCCUUUGGGGAGUAAGCCCAGUACAGAGAACUCCACUUUUCGCCCACUACCCAAGAGAAGCAAAACUGAUCUGGAGAUGGGAGAUGACACCCAGGUCACUAUGCCUGAGGACACAGCAGCUUCAAACUCAUCGGAUUCAGCAUCACUUGUACCAAACAAGAGACACUCCUUCUGGUUGGGCAGCAAUGGACUCAAAGGGUUCCUCCCCUCACAGACUCCCCCUCCUGCAUACGACAGCAUCAUCCAUGCCUUUGAAGAGACUUGCACUUAAAACUGUCAGCACUGAAACAAUAAGAACUGAAAAGAGAGAACAUCCUGGAGAUUACAGUGGACUUUGUAGAUGUGUUCUGCUCUUUAAAAAGGACAGUUACCUCUGCAUAUUGACAGACCAAAACAUUUCCGUCACUUUCUAAAGCAGCAUCUUAAACUGAAACUGAACAAGAUCUUAUACAUUAUGAGACCGAUGAGGGAUGACCAAGUGAAGAUAGUGAAAUUUUCAUAAUUGAAUAAUAUGAAAGUUACUUUCUCAGUUAGAUGAUUAGAUGAAUGCCCAUUACAGUUUCCCAGAGCCAAAGGUGAUGUCUUCAAAUGUCUUGUUGUGUUCCAGAAUUAUUCAAGCAGACAAGCAGCAAAUAUUGGGACAAGCAAUUUUGCAUGAGAAAUUACUCAAAUGAUUAAUUGAUUAUGGAAGUAGCUAUUUUUCGUUGAUCAUUUCUAAUAUAAUGUUGUUAUGACAGUUGCAGGGCAUCUCAUAACCUCAUGUAAAUCUUAUGUAGUCCAGCAGUUGAUAGAUACUGGUAAUAAUAAGAGAAACACUGUGUGCUCAGUAGUUAUAUUAUCUAAUUUCACAAUAAAGAUUUAAUGGUGAUCAUAUACUAGUGAUUGUGCUUAUGUGCAAAAA